AACGCGGUAAGGUGGGCGGGAUUUUACCCCAUUGUUGCGCUGCACACUUAAAAUCUGAACAGGUGUAAAAAACAUAUUGUACUUGGGAUUUUUUUUAUUUAUUCUACAAUUAUAAAACUUAGAAUGCAACUGUCUUUGCAACUUCAAAUUCACACUUAGAAUGCACAAGUAGUUUUGAUUCAAAUUACAUUCAUACGCGACCGUUACCAUGAAGUUGACGUUGCGUAGCUAGCAGCGUUGUUUGUUUGUGAACACUGGCGCGUUUGCUUCGGUGGAUUUUGCGUUUUGGUAAAGGCCACGGGGGUUCGUUUCUUCAUACUUAGGACGUCUGACCCGGACACAACUCCGACGUGAGGACCCGCGCGCUCACCUCGACAGCAGGAGCAGGAAGGUGCGCCCUCCAGUGCCGUCAGCAACAUGCACCAAAAGGAGGAUUCCCCUCCGGAUGUGGAUGAAUGGAAAACCAGGAAGAACUUCUCCUUCUCUGAAGAAGAGGUCCAAAUUAUGGAACGUCGUGCUGGCACGAGCAAGGUGUCCAGUAACUCUCCGGUGACAAACCUCGCGCAUAGUGCGCUGAAUAGGCAGCGGGAGCAGCUUCGGAUCGAACAAGAGAACCUGGCUUACCUAAAGAGACUGGAGUCCGUCCAACCCACCCUCGGUAUGAGGUGCUCGGAACAACUGGCGGACCACCAGCGGCUGGUCGGGUACCCGAGCUCUAGCAGGAGAACCAGGAAGAACUUCUCCUUCUCUGAUGAAGAGGUCCAAACUAUGGAGCGUGAGAACCAGCGGCUCCUUCGGGAGAUGUCGCGUCUUUCUCUGGGGCCCAAGACUGCUGGCAUGAGUAUGGUGUCCAGUAACUUUCCGGUGACAAACCUAGCGCAUAGUGCGCUGAAUAGGCAGCGGGAGCAGCUUCGGAUCGAACGGGAGAACCUGGCUUACCUAAAGAGACUGGAGUCCGUCCAACCCACCCUCGGUAUGAGGUGCUCGGAACAACUGGUGGACCACCAGCGGCUGGUCGGGUACCCGAGCUCUAGCAGGAGAACCAGGAAGAACUUCUCCUUCUCUGAUGAAGAGGUCCAAACUAUGGAGCGUGAGAACCAGCGGCUCCUUCGGGAGAUGUCGCGUCUUUCUCUGGGGCCCAAGACUGCUGGCACGAGCAUGGUGUCCAGUAAGUCUCCGGUGACAAACCUAGCGCAUAGUGCGCUGAAUAGGCAGCGGGAGCAGCUUCGGAUCGAACGGGAGAACCUGGCUUACCUAAAGAGACUGGAGUUCGUCCAACCCACCUCUGGUCUUAGGCACUCGGAAUAACUGGCAGACCACCAGCGGCUGGUCGGGUACCUGGGUGUUUAAUCACCUCCCACCUACAGGAAGCUGUUGC